CCCUGCUUCAUAGUUCAGGUUUCAUAGAGCAGGCAGAAGCACUAGAGAAGAGGAAAUAUACAUUUGAAAAACCAUCAGGCUCAGCCUGAAGAAAACAUUGGUUUUCAACGCAACUAUGAAUUAAGAAAACACAAAGGAAAUUUGAAUGCCACUUAAGAAAGGAAGGCCUGGGGAAAAGAAAUACUGAGGGAGACCAUCCAGAAAAUUCAUCAUGGCAGAAGCAUUCCCAGAAGUGACAACAGAAUACACUUAUGAUGAAUAUGCUUUUACCUGCGAUAAAACUGACAUCCAGGAAUUUGAGAAAAUAUUUCUGCCGAUAUUUUACAUUGUUGUGUUUGCUCUUGGCCUCACAGGGAAUCUCAUGGUGGUUUUUGCCAUUUUGAAAGCAGGAAGUAAAAAAAGCAUCACUGACAUUUAUCUUCUGAACUUGGCUGUCUCAGACCUUCUCUUCGUGGUCUCCCUCCCCUUCUGGGCUUCCAAUACAGUGCGGGGAUGGACCCUUGGGAAUAUCCCAUGCACGGCUGUUUCUUCACUGUAUUAUAUCGGUUUCUUUGGGGGAAUGUUUUUUAUCACGGUGAUCAGUAUCGACAGAUACUUAGCUAUUGUCCGGGCAACGUACUCUCUGAAAUCCAGAACCAUGAAGCAGGGCUUUCUGAUAACCUGCGGAGUAUGGGCAACAGCAGUUUUAGUUUCAGUGCCACAUUUUUUGUUUUCCCAGCUGUUAGAAAAUGACUGCAUUCCUGUGUUCCCCCAGGAGCUGGAGAACGUCUGGCCAGUGUUCUGCAAUGUGGAACUGAACACCAUAGGCUUUCUCAUCCCAGUCUGUAUCAUAUGCUAUUGCUACUGUGGGAUCAUCAAAACCCUGCUGUCCUGCAAAAAUCAGAAAAAAACACGAGCCAUAAAACUGACCUUGGUUGUGGUGGUUGUGUUUUUUCUCUUUUGGUCCCCCUACAAUGUGCUGAUUUUUCUUGAGACUUUAAAGCACUAUAAGUUAUUUGUAAACUGCAACCAAAUUAAAUCACUGGACUAUGCAAUGCACCUGACUGAAACCGUUGCUUUCAGUCACUGCUGCCUCAAUCCUCUUAUCUAUGCCUUUGCUGGGGAAAAAUUCAGGAAAUACCUUUACAGUGUUUGCUUAAAGUACUGCCCAUGCCUGUGCUUCUGUGGGCCCUGCAGUCGCUACCAGGUCAGCUCUUCAGCUAGCUAUGCAGAAAGCGCUGUGAACAGCAACAUUACCCUGAACACCAGUGACCAGGAUGGAACUGUCUUCCUUUGAAGUGAGAAUGCCUCCUGUAAAGAAGAAAUUUAUGUAAAUUUAUAUAAAUAGCCUUCUGCAGGGCUACCCAUCACCGAGAGACUGCCAUCACCCAUGGGAAAAGACCUAUGACAGCACUGAACUACUGACAUGCCUCUGGUUAAAGAUUAAAUAUUCUAAAAUAGUGAUUUUUUUUUAAAAAAAAAAAAAAAAAAAACAGUACCAUAUGUCAAGGCUGAACACUGAAUUGAAUCAAGAGAGAGAGAGAGGAUAAGUAGAAGCAAAAGCAGCACCCUCUGCCCAGAACAGAGAUGGAGAAGAAUUUAAGGAUAGGAAAAUUGUUACACAGUUUUGCCAUCAACAUUUUUGUGUGUAUACACCUGCAGUGCAAAUGUUCAUAGACCUUAACUCCUAUUUUAAGGAAAGAGAGGUUUCUUUAAUGAGUGGUAGCUGAUUGUUAGCAAAAGAGAAUACUUUUGUUACUGUAUCUUGAAUUAUAUCUAUAUGGAAGUGAUUUGGGGGUUACUGAUUGCAACAAAUGUUUUACCUGUGCUUUUGUACCUAAUAAAAUCCUACUGUUAAAAAAAAAAAAAAAAAAAAAAAA